AUGUUUCCUCGAGCAAACCACAACCCUCUGCAAGCAGCUCAGCAAUGCACUGGCAGCGCGAAGCCAGCCCUCGACAGUAACAAACGGAGUCGGAGGGCAGGCCAGGAUGUGCUGGUGAUAAUCUUUUCCACUGCAGGCAGGAGCCCUGCCAUUUUCCAGCACAACAACAACAACAGAGGCCCCGUUCCCCCAGCCCCUGGGGCGGGGGGGGACGAAGCACGAGUCGGCUGCAGCUCAGCACCCCGCUCCCGUGUCGCCCCGCCAACCCUCUCCCACCUGGCGAGCCGCGGAGCCGCCUGCCCGGCCGGGGCCGCUCAGCCCUGGCCGCCCCCUCGCUGCCGGCCGCCCCCUCGCUGCCGGCCGCUGCCCCGCUCCGGCUGCCCCCUCGCUGCCGGCCGCCCCCUCGCUGCCGGCCGCCCCCUCGCUGCCGGCCGCCCCCUCGCUGCCGCCUGCCCCCUCGCUGCCGGCCGCUGCCCCGCUCCGGCUGCCCCCUCGCUGCCGCCCGCCCCCUCGCUGCCGGCCGCCCCCUCGCUGCCGCCUGCCCCCUCGCUGCCGGCCGCUGCCCCGCUCCGGCUGCCCCCUCGCUGCCGCCUGCCCCCUCGCUGCCGGCCGCUGCCCCGCUCCAGCUGCCCCCUCGCUGCCGCCUGCCCCCUCGCUGCCGCCUGCCCCCUCGCUGCCGGCCGCCCCCUCGCUGCCGCCUGCCCCCUCUCGCUGCCGGCCGCCCCCUCGCUGCCGGCUGCCCCCUCGCUGCCGGCCGCCCCCUCGCUGCCGGCUGCCCCCUCGCUGCCGCCUGCCCCCUGGCUGCCGGCCGCCCCCUGGCUGCCGCCUGCCCCCUCGCUGCCGGCCGCCCCCUCGCUGCCGGCCGCCCCCUCGCUGCCGGCCGCCCCCUCGCUGCCGCCUGCCCCCUCGCUGCCGGCCGCUGCCCCGCUCCGGCUGCCCCCUCGCUGCCGCCCGCCCCCUCGCUGCCGGCCGCCCCCUCGCUGCCGCCUGCCCCCUCGCUGCCGGCCGCUGCCCCGCUCCGGCUGCCCCCUCGCUGCCGCCUGCCCCCUCGCUGCCGGCCGCUGCCCCGCUCCAGCUGCCCCCUCGCUGCCGCCUGCCCCCUCGCUGCCGCCUGCCCCCUCGCUGCCGGCCGCCCCCUCGCUGCCGGCUGCCCCCUCGCUGCCGGCCGCCCCCUCGCUGCCGGCUGCCCCCUCGCUGCCGGCCGCCCCCUCGCUGCCGGCUGCCCCCUCGCUGCCGCCUGCCCCCUGGCUGCCGGCCGCCCCCUGGCUGCCGCCUGCCCCCUCGCGGCCGGCCGCCCCCUCGCUGCCGGCCGCCCCCUCGCUGCCGGCCGCCCCCUCGCUGCCGCCUGCCCCCUCGCUGCCGGCCGCUGCCCCGCUCCGGCUGCCCCCUCGCUGCCGCCCGCCCCCUCGCUGCCGGCCGCCCCCUCGCUGCCGCCUGCCCCCUCGCUGCCGGCCGCUGCCCCGCUCCGGCUGCCCCCUCGCUGCCGCCUGCCCCCUCGCUGCCGGCCGCUGCCCCGCUCCAGCUGCCCCCUCGCUGCCGCCUGCCCCCUCGCUGCCGCCUGCCCCCUCGCUGCCGGCCGCCCCCUCGCUGCCGCCUGCCCCCUCUCGCUGCCGGCCGCCCCCUCGCUGCCGGCUGCCCCCUCGCUGCCGGCCGCCCCCUCGCUGCCGGCUGCCCCCUCGCUGCCGCCUGCCCCCUGGCUGCCGGCCGCCCCCUGGCUGCCGCCUGCCCCCUCGCUGCCGGCCGCCCCCUCGCUGCCGGCCGCCCCCUCGCUGCCGGCCGCCCGGCAGGAAAUCCCGUGCGUGGCACGAGCCUGACCCGGGCCCGGGGCGGGCAGGAGGCCGUUCUGUGCGAGCGAGGAAGGGCAGGGGCUGCGAGAUGAAUCACCGCCACGGCCAUCAUCCUGAGGAAAAGCCUCGGAGGGUGGAUGCGGCGCGAUAA